AUGCGCUUCAGAUAUGAGAUACUUCUCUGCAAACAUGAACUGGUCCUGUACUAUGUCACCAUCGAGGAUACUUACGACGUAAUCAAGAGAGCACACAUCGCUACAAGUCAUGGCGGGCGGGAUCGCAUGAUCAAAGAAACAGCAAAGAAAUACGCUAACAUCUCACGGGAAGCUCUUGAAUUGUUUAUAUCGUACUGUGAAGAGUGCCAGAAGAAAAGAAAGCGACCAGUUACAAAGGGUGUGGUUGUUCAACCCAUCUUGACAGAUGGGUUUUCUUCUCGCGGCCAAGUGGACUUGAAUGAUAUGCAAUCGAUGGCACAGGGUUCCUACAAAUGGAUUAUGGUCUAUCAAGACCACCUCACCAAAUUUUGUGUCCUGCGUCCACUAUCGUCAAAACGUGCAGCAGAAGUGGCGCAUCAUCUCACGGACAUAUUUCUCUUGUUCGGACCUCCGUACAUAUUACAGUGA